AUGAAGCUAGUAAACUUGUUCCCGAUGAACAAUGUCAUGAUCAAAACUGAACCACCAUCUUCGCCAGAAAUGACGACACCAGUGUUUGACAACCCAACCCCUAAGGAGUCCCCAAAGUCUGACCAGAAGUCAUGUGUUUCAAGUAAAACACAUCGUCGCCGUCAAACCCGUCUUGUCAUGGAGACAUGCAAACGAGGCAAGUAUCUUGAGAAUCUUAACGAUUCUGAGCGUCGCCUACGAAGGUCCAUUGCUAGGAGGGCAGCACAUUCCCGUAGCAAAUGCUACCAACUCGAGAGCCUUCUAGAUGAUAUCCAGAAUCUCAAAGAUCGUGUUCUCAGCCUAGUGAAAGACCUUGGGAAUGCAACCGAAGAGAACGAGAAGGAAGCCAAACAUGAGCCAGUGUGUGUUGAGUGCUUCAGCUACAGGAAGGAUAGUACCAGAAAGGAAGAGGACGGUGAACGUUGGGGUAGAUGGUGGUGCUGCUCGAGACAAGGUUUUAGGAGAUGGAAGUGGUUGGAACUAGAACACCGUUCAAGAGCGGCGGCGUUUGAAACACGUUGUGGGUGCGAAGCUAGUAUUCAGGUAAUAAGAAGCAAAACUACAAAUAAGUGGGUAUGUAGACAUUUCAACCCUAACCACAAGCACGAAUGUGCGUCACCACAAGAAAUCAGGUUUCUCAGAUCAAAUCGCAAUGUCACUGAUGACGUUGUUGCUAGGUGUGAGUCAAUGAAACGGGCUGGCAUGAAAAAUGUUCAAAUAAUAGACUUUAUCGCAUUAGAAUCGGGGGGACACGACAAGCUCCCUUUCCUUGAAAAGGACAUCCAUAACAAGCUAAUGCGAGUGCGCAAUGCAAAGGACCAACAUCAAAACAUCACGGACUCAGAUGGCAUGCUUGGUUACAUUAGAUGCUUGGCGAGGAACCACGGCGGGGACUUUUACUGCGUCUACAAUGCCGAUGAAGAAAACAGAUUGUGUAACAUAAUGUGGUCGGACGGGGUUUCGAGGAGAGAUUACGCGGUCUUUGGCGAUGUCGUGGCCUUCGACACAACAUACAGGACUAACAAAUACCACAAACCUUUGCUUUUGCUAGUUGGGGUAAACAACCACUGGAUGACAACAGUGUUUGGCAUUGCUCUCCUUCUCGACGAAACAGUUGAUACGUUUGUCUGGGUUCUAUAA